AUGAUCUCCACCAGGACAGCGACAUGUGUACCGGCAGCUUCGAGAAGGGCUUCUGCUCAACUCACCAGGUCCUUCCACAGCUAUAGUCUCGGACUUCGGCCCACCUUCAUCGCAGUCCAGCAUCUCCCAACUCUACAUGCUCGACGAAACUUUUCCUUUACCCCCAGUAGCGAAGCCAAGAUUACCGAGUUCUUCGAGAAGCACGGGACAGAAAAAGUCCGCAAGACUCCUGCAGCAUGGCCGCAUCCAGUAUACACCGAAGAGCAAAUGAACCAAGUCGUCGUUGCCCAUCGAGAAGCAAAGACCAUGUCGGACAAAGUCGCCCUCAUAGCUGUCAAGAUACUUCGCUGGGGCCUCGACAAGGCCACGGGCUACAAGCACCAAAAGCCAGUCGACGCAGAUGCCCAGGGUCAUGUGGGGGUCCCAAAGCAGUUUGCCAUGACAGAAGAAAAGUACCUGAUUCGUAACGUCUUCUUGGAGAGCGUGGCAGGCGUCCCUGGUAUGGUAGCUGGCAUGUUACGCCACCUGCACUCUAUGCGAAGGAUGAAGCGAGACAAUGGAUGGAUCGAGUCGCUAAUCGAGGAAAGUUACAAUGAACGCAUGCACCUCCUGGUCUUCCUCAAGAUGCAACGCCCAGGACGUUUCAUGCGCCUCAUGGUGCUUGGAGCCCAAGGCGUAUGGUGCAACGCAUUGUUCUUCGCCUACCUCCUCAGCCCACGUACUGUUCACCGCUUCGUUGGCUACCUCGAGGAAGAAGCUGUCAUCACAUACACGCGCCAGAUUGAAGAUCUCGACGCGGGUCGUCUUCCCAAAUGGGAAAAACUGCCAGCGCCCGACAUUGCGGUCGACUACUGGCAGAUGCCCGAGGGUCACCGCACAAUGCGCGAUCUCCUCCUCUACAUCCGCGCAGAUGAGAGCAAGCAUCGAGAAGUUAACCACACCUUUGGUAACCUUGACCAGAAGGAAGACCCCAACCCGUACGUGGCAGAAUAUCGAGAUCCGGAAGCGCCACACCCAACAAAGGAUCUUGUGCACCAGAAGCCAACCGGUUGGGAACGACACGAGGUCAUCUAG